GGGCAGUGGGGCAUCGAGGCGUCGGAGCCCGGUGCUGGCUCUGGGCUUGGGGGGAGGCAGUGGUGGCUGAGGAGGAGGAGGAGAAGGAGGAGGAGCGGGCCAACAGGAGGCAGCGACAGCUAAGGGCCGGGGUGAUGGUGCAGGUGCCCGAGGUCGGCGCGGAGCUGCCGGGCUGAGGGGCUCCUGGUCCAGGGUCCGCAGCACCGCCGCGUCGCUCUCGGGGGCGGGCGGGCGGGAAGAUGCUGAGCAGGUUGAUGAGCGGCAGCAGCAGGAGCCUGGAGCGCGAGUACAGCUGCACGGUGCGGCUGCUGGACGACAGCGAGUACACCUGCACCAUUCAGAGAGAUGCCAAAGGCCAGUACCUGUUUGACCUUCUUUGCCACCACCUGAACCUACUUGAGAAAGACUAUUUUGGGAUCCGCUUUGUAGACCCAGAUAAGCAGCGGCAUUGGUUGGAGUUUACAAAGUCUGUGGUAAAGCAAUUGCGAUCCCAGCCUCCAUUCACCAUGUGUUUCCGUGUGAAGUUUUACCCUGCAGACCCUGCUGCUCUGAAAGAAGAAAUAACCAGGUAUUUAGUCUUCCUACAGAUCAAAAGGGAUCUCUACCAUGGCCGCCUCCUCUGUAAAACAUCUGAUGCUGCCUUGUUAGCAGCUUAUAUCCUUCAAGCGGAGAUUGGGGAUUAUGACUCAGGGAAGCACCCUGAAGGCUACAGCUCCAAGUUCCAGUUUUUCCCCAAACAUUCAGAGAAGCUGGAAAGGAAAAUUGCUGAGAUUCACAAGACAGAACUCAGUGGUCAAACACCAGCAACAUCAGAGCUGAACUUCUUAAGGAAAGCACAGACCUUGGAAACUUAUGGAGUAGAUCCUCACCCAUGUAAGGAUGUAUCAGGAAAUGCUGCAUUUUUGGCCUUCACUCCUUUUGGGUUUGUUGUUCUUCAAGGAAACAAGAGGGUCCACUUCAUUAAAUGGAAUGAGGUAACCAAGCUGAAAUUUGAAGGAAAGACUUUCUAUUUAUACGUAAGUCAGAAAGAGGAAAAGAAAAUUAUUCUCACUUAUUUUGCUCCAACUCCAGAAGCCUGUAAGCACCUCUGGAAAUGUGGAAUUGAGAACCAAGCCUUCUACAAGCUGGAGAAGUCAAGCCAAGUCCGCACAGUAUCCAGCAGCAAUUUAUUCUUUAAAGGGAGCCGGUUCCGAUACAGCGGCCGAGUUGCAAAGGAAGUAAUGGAGUCAAGUGCUAAGAUCAAACGGGAACCACCAGAAAUACACAGAGCAGGGAUGGUUCCCAGCCGGAGCUGUCCCUCCAUAACCCAUGGCCCAAGACUGAGCAGUGUCCCUAGGACCCGCAGAAGAGCUGUUCACAUCUCCAUCAUGGAAGGCCUAGAGUCCCUACGAGAUAGUGCCCAUUCCACCCCAGUGCGUUCCUCUUCCCAUGGGGACACCUUCCUGCCUCAUGUGAGAAGCAGCCGGGCAGACAGCAAUGAGCGAGUAGCCGUGAUUGCAGAUGAAGCCUACAGCCCUGCAGACAGUGUGCUGCCCACCCCUGUGGCCGAGCACAGCCUGGAGCUGAUGCUGCUUUCCCGGCAGAUCAACGGAGCCACCUGCAGCAUUGAGGAAGAGAAAGAGUCUGAUGCCAGCACCCCAAAUGCUGCAGAGGUGGAGGCCCUUGGGGGAGAGCUGAGGGCCCUGUGUCAGGGGCACGGCAGGCCAGAGGAGGAACAGAGUGGGCAUCUGAAGGGAUCACCGCUACAGCAGCAGCAGCAGCAGGGGUGGGAAAAUAGAACCUGAUGAACUAAACGAUGCAAGAAAGAAACUGAUCCUGAGAAUGAAAAGCUUCAGAAAAUAGAAUUCCAAGAUCAACAAGCAGCCUUAGAAGGGACCAGGAAAAGAAUUUCUUUAAAUAGAAUUUCUAAGAGAUGCCUACAAAAGACAGAAGGUGAAUGUGGCAGAGACCAACACUUAGAUGUAGAAAUGCUGCCCCCUAAGGUCAUCCCCUGCAUCAGGAAAAUAAGUUCUAAAAAAGCACCCUCCAUCCUCGCUGAGGGAAGCCCUGGAGGCAGCAGCAGCACAGGCACAUGAAGGGUAAGUGUGGGCCUGGGCCUGAGUUCUUCGAUUUUAAAAACCAAUCACUCGCAAGAUCUUGUUUUCAUCUCAGGGAGAGAUUGCUAAGUCAUCUGGGACCUGAAGGCUUAUUUAAGGAUGAUCAAUGGACAUAUUCCUGGAACUUACACAAUAGUGAAGCAGUUGUUGGACAACCCAAAUGCAUAACAGAAUUAAGUUAUUUGUAGAUUUGCUCUCCCCUGUUUUGUCCCUUGAAAUGGUAGAACCAUGUCCACAUUUGGAAUAAAACAGUUAUUGGGUGUUUGUUGUGAGAGGGAGGGGUUGCAAAUUUUAAAGAAAGACACCCUUUCAUCUAGACCAGAGGUCAGCAAACUUCUAUAAAGUGCCAGACACUAAAUAGUUUGGUUUUGUGGGCCAUACUCAGUCACAACUGUGCAACUCUGCCAUUGUAGCACAAAAACAGCCAGAUAAUACAUAAACGAAGCACCAUGGCUGUGUUCCAAUAAUACAUUGUAAAAAGAAACAGUUGAAUUUGGCCCACAGGCCAUUAAUAUGCCAACCCUGAUCUAGAUAAUCCUUACCAACCAGUAUGUUACCAGAAGAGAGUCAGGUGUGCCCCCAUCCUAACAUGUGUCAAAGAUGUGGGACCAUUUCCCAAAGGAGGUGCUGGGGUUGCUUGUUUAAAGGGUGCUCGAACAACCAACCAGCAAAGAGAUGUCUGAUGCCAAGAUGAACAAGAUCAAGUACUGGAAUAAAUGCUGAAACACGCCUGCUCUCUAAGAAUGGAAGAGGGCAGGGCCUCUCUGACCAUUUCCAUACCAGCAACAGUUUUGGGCAGAAUUGCAAACAUCUAUUUACCAAGUGACAAGACAAGACUGCAGGAGAUCCUAGUAGAGAUUAGGGAUCACUUGAAACCAACUAGCCACUGCCACUUGUCAUCUACAUAGCAAAGGCUUUAUUUAGCACAGGACUAAAAUGAAAAGUAGACCCAGAGAAGAAAAGGCUGUCAGGGGACAGGGGGCUGGUAUUAACCUGGAUAUUUACUGUCUUAUGCAACAUAGCAGAUUACCUUUUAGUGUAGUGCUCCUACCUCAGUCUGUAGAAUAAUGGUGUUUCUAUGCAGUGAGUGAUAGCCUUGACUCCGAUCUUUCAUAUUCACUUUAGAGACAGAUGCAGUACUCCAUUUCUGGUAUGUUACCUGUGUCUAGAGUUUAACAGUACAGUAGUCCAUACCAUUUCCAAUAGGUGAAUUUUGCUCUCUGAACAGAAACUUUCAGAUUAUUUUUUUUCCAGGGCUCAUCCCAGAAAAUAGGAAAGUUUCCUUCAAUUUGCCUGAAUAACAAACCUCCUUUGUUGGUAACUGGUCUUUUUUAGUAUCUCUCCAUCAUUAAAAAUUGCUCAAGUUUUUAACUUGCUUUACUGUGUUCUACUAUGUCUCUCAUUUUCUCUCAAAAUUAGUUUUAAUUUCAUUGUAGAAAAAGCAAUGGUUUCCAUAGCUUCAUCUAUCAGAGGAAAUAAAAUCUUUACUAAAGAAUAAGUUGUACUGCCUCUUUAAGCAGUAGAGGGUAAACUACCUGCAAAUGUGAAUUUCUUAGUUUCAUUUAAAAUAUAUAUUAAUAGUUGUUAACCUUUCGUGUGCCAAAUACUCGUUACAUUUUCCUUCAAAGCAAUGUACUUUUUUCUACAUAUGCAGUAUGUAGUUAGCAUAAAAUCAUUGGUGCCAUGAAGAUUAUUUUUAAACUUAAAUAAAUAUUUAAAUAUCAUG